AUGGACGAGCACGCACGCAAGCGCAGGAAAACCAAUUUGUCAGAGGAGCGCGAAAGGCAGUCAAGUCCGCCGAGAAAAGUUCCACGACGACCAUCAUUUGCAUCGCCGACUAAAGCUAGUCUUGCACGCAACUAUCCCAAUCUACUGCGCCCCGAUUCUGCUGGAGGAGCCGCCUCACGGCCAACCAGUCGUAGUAACAUACUGCCUCGAGGGAAGCAGGCGCGUGCUUUUGUACUCGACGAGACAAAUAUACAGCAAGACUUGAGCCAAGAACCUUCUGAAGAUCCGGAUGACGACACGACUGCCGGUGCAUCACUACGACCCCCCAUUACCCACAAUGUUACCCCGCGCCCGCGUAAGGUUGUAGGAUACAAGAGUGCUCCAGUUUUGGCAGGCGCAUCGGAUGAGGAGGCGGCGGACCUACCAACAACACCCUCACAAAGGGGGUUGGAAGAGCAAGAUGGCCCUCGUCGAGGUGUUCUGUUUUCGUCUCCAAGUAAACAACCGCCUCGCGUCAACGAUCCUGCAAAGCAAUCACCUUUGAGACCAAAAACGCUACCUGUUCAAAUUGUGGAGCAUGGUCUAGACGAGAAUGAUGUUGAACCGCAAAAGAGGCCUUCUCCGGAUCCAGAAGUCGAGAUGAGGAAACGGGAGAAGGGACGGCUUCAGCGCGAGCUAGAAGAUCUAGAAGCUCAGGUGUUAAAAUGCACAGAAGAGAUUGCCAAAGAGCAACAGCGGGCUCCUGAUAAGGCUCUUCGGCCUACAGAGCGAACUGAUCUGAUCGAACUCGUGUCCAAGAUCAACGGCGUAGAUUCCAAAGGAGAACAACCAGUACCCGUAUCGAGCUUGCUAUGCUCGUUUUUGCCUUUCUCUGCCCUGUCUUUACCUCCUCUCCGGCCGAAACAACAAGAGAAAUCUAUCCCAUCACAUCGACCCGUGGAGCUAGCAAAUCCCUUACCCUAUCUGGAGAUGUUUACAUCCUUUAAAUUCUCCACACAGCUUAGCCUAGCUCGCAGCAAGGUGGCCCCAUCCUCUAAGAGGGUACAACAGAAGCACACAAUCGGCAUCGUCGGUCCACAGAAACUGCUCACGACACAUGUUUCGGUCGUUAUUGACACAUUAGCGAAUGAGGUCGUCGACAUGCGAGUUCCUCAUCUUUCACCCUGGGCCGAACGCGAACUAGGCACCUUCGUGCGUGAGAAAGCGAGGGCUAAGGACCUUGGAAACGCAUGCUGGGCCAUCAAUUCGUAUUGGGACAUUGCAAAGAAGCGCGCGCAGUACUGGCAUAAAUGCGAAUCGGCAUUUGCGGGCUUGAUCGUCGGGCGUGCAAGUGAGGACACCGAGAACGUGCGCCGCCAAGCCAAACCAGCUGCUUCAAAAAUCUCACGGAAGGAUCUCGGCCGACAUCUGGGCCGUGAUACCUUGGUCCUGCAAGAUAAACACGUUUUGCUAAAAAUCAAUUGGCGGAUCAGCUUCGACUGGACUGGCGAAGCUGGGUCAGAAAUCAGCGUAGAGCCGGCAGUCCCUCAAGUGUGGCAGGAAGCAGAUACGGCAGCCAGCUUUAAGAAAAUCCCGGAGACCUUCGCGUUGCUUUUGAAGGGCAAAGGGGCGUAUGAGGCCACGAGAAUCAUGAUAGCCCUACUGUAUGCGCAGUAG